GCAAAGGGCAGAGCAAGUAGCGUGUGUCUUAAGGAGGAAGGUGGGUGGGUAAUUCUGUCACAGAGGAGCUGGCCUCUGUCAACCGUGCUGCCAGCCUGUCUAGGGGACCUUCACAGCUGGAACCAGGAUACUUCACAAUUGUCCCCCUUGCAGGGAGUUGAAAUCAGCAGGAUUCAUCUGCUAUUUCAGACCCUUUGCUGCUACCUUCCAGGUGGCCCCCACCGCUGAAGAAAAUGGUGGCUUUCCCAGUCUUCCUGGACUCCUACCAGCAAGUACGGCUGUCCAGCAGUCUCGUCUUCCUCGCUCACCUCCUCCUCCUCCUCCUCCUCCAGCCGGGGGAGGUGAACUCAGAGAACUUCACGGUGGUAGGCCCUGGGGAAUUCGUCCUGGCGUACGUCGGGGAUGAGGUGGAAUUCCCGUGUCACUUGUCGCCGUACCUGGACGCCGAGGACAUGGAGAUCCUCUGGUUCCGCAGCCAGGCCGCUGACGUGGUGCACUUGUACCAGGGGCGUCGGGAGCUCUACGGCCAGCAGAUGGCGCAGUACCAGAACAGGACCGAGCUGGUCAAGGACGACAUCGCCGACGGCAGCGUGAGCCUGCGCCUCCACCGCGUCACCCUCGAAGAUGAGGGUACAUACGGGUGUUGCUUCUCCUCCGGCGACUUCUCCGGGGAAGCGAUCUGGGAGCUGGAGGUAGCAGGGCUGGGCUCGGACCCUCAUAUCUCCCUUGAGGGCUUCAAAGAUGGAGGCAUCCAGCUAAGGUGCACUUCCAGUGGCUGGUACCCCAAGCCGCAGGUUCAGUGGAGAGACCAUCAGGGACGCUGCCUGACUCCGCAGACUGAAGCCAUUGUCAAGGAUGCCCAAGGCCUGUUCAGGCUGGAAACAUCUGUGAUAGUCCUAGAGGGGACCCACAACAACGUGUCCUGCUCCAUCCAGAACUCCUUCCUGGGCCAGAAGAAAGAGUUUGUGGUCCACAUAGCAGAUGUAUUUUUACUCAGAACAUCCCUCUGGAAGAGCAUUUUCUUCGGGACUCUGGUGGGACUGCUGCUCCUCCUGGCUCUCCUCACAAUACUGGCGCUGUGCUUCUUUGAGAAGCAACGGAGGUCUCAAGAAAAGCUGAAGAAGCAGGCAGAGAAAGACAAAGGAAAACUCACAGCUGAGCUGGAUAAGCUCUGGCUUCAAAUGGAGCUUGACUGGAGAAGGGCGGAGGGCCAAGCUGAGGAAAACUCCGUUUUAGCCAGCCACCCUCCUGGAGUAGACAUCCAGCCUGCUUCUAACUCCACACCACCUCAAACAGUGCCGAAUGAAUAACCUCAAACGUGCUGCUUUCUGGCCCUGUGUGGAGAUUUCUCUGGGACGUAUACUCAAGAGGGGAGUUGCUGGCCCACAGGGGAUGUGUCCUUAAGUGGGAUAGAGGGGUCCCCUGAAGGUAGGGCCAUCAUUCUGCACCAGCUGUGUUUACAGGCUCCAUGUGCCCACAUCCCUUGUGAGCCAGCUUCCUAAAUUCACCAGUCAAUGAGAAGUGGAGAGCAGCCCAACAACAUGCAGUGGACGUGACCCUGGAUCCUGGCUCCGCCCACCCCAGCCUGGAGGUCUCAGAGGAUGGCAAGAGCGUGUCCUCCCGCAGGACGGCG